GGCAUUUAAAGCGGUUCUAGUGACUUCUCCCCACCUCAAAUGCCAAUGGGGGUGGCCAUCGCCACUUAGCAUAUCGCCGUCCCUCGCACCCUAUUCUUCUCCAUGGCUGACGACGCCCUUCUCAGGUCCUCGCUGAUUUGGUUGGCAGCUGUUAUAGUGUUAGUCGGACUUUACACUCACUCAUUCAAAAAGAUGAUGGUCACUUACCUCAUGGGUCUGUUUGCAAUUGCCGGUAUUCUUUUGCCUGAUUGGGAUUUCUUCGAUCGUCCCUUCUCUCAGUGGCUCUCUCCUUUUUCUGUUGAUGCCAUGGAUUCUAAUCCUCCUCACCGUUCCACAUCAAAGAGGUUUAGAAUCUAUCCUCUUAGACUUGUUAUUUACGCCGCGGUUUACGGGUUUGCUGUGUACAAGUGGUGGAUGUUUGUGUCAAACUGAGAUACUCGCUUCAUCAGCAAUCCAAGUCCAAAAAGGGAUUACAGGAGAGGGUCUACGGUGCCUUAUAUGUCAGUUAUAAUGCUUCCGAGUAUCCAUUUGCAGAAUUAUUCAUGUAUGAUUCUUGACAGGUGAAGAGAUGACUGAUAGUCUGAUAGGUAAAAGGUGCUUUCUCAGUUUCGGGCAAAACUAAACAAAUAAUUAAAAAAGUGUGUUACCUUUUCUGUCGAAAUUGUGCAAUAAGUAACUAAUACUUUUGUUAGUCGCAUGGCAAUGAAGGUAGAAGUUUUACAA